CAGGCCUGACUGUCUGCCCGUUUUCUGCAGGUACGUUUGUGCCCAUCUGUCGCUAGAGAGGGAGCACGUGGUCGCAAUGAGAGCGUUCGGCUCCUCGGGGUAUAACAAAUGGGAUCGACAAGCCGUACAAGUGCAGCUUCUGCGGCCGGAGCUACAAGCAGCGAAGCUCCCUCGAAGAACACAAGGACCGUUGUCACACUUACCUGCAGGGAAUGGGGCUGAGCACUCUGGAGAGCGAGGGGUUUCAGCCGCAGAGCCUGAAGACAGAGAUGGGAUCGGAGCGAGCCCUGGUACUGGACAGACUCGCCAGCAACGUAGCCAAGAGAAAGAGCUCCAUGCCGCAGAAGUUCAUCGGAGAGAAGCAGUUUUGCCUGGGCUACCCGGACCUGCAUUACCCCCCCACUUCGUCCUACGACAAGGAGGGAGAGCUGAUGCAGACGCGCUUCAUGGACCAGACCAUCAACCGCGCCAUCUCCUACCUGGGGGCCGAGUCCCUGCGGCCCCUGGUGCAGACGCCGCCGGCCCCCACCUCCGAGAUGGUGUCGGUCAUCAGCAGCCUCUACCCGCUGCCCCUGGCCCGGGCCGACACCCCGAACGGCAACGGCCGGGAGGCCGAGGGCGGCGGCGGCCCGCCCGCCAGGGCCAGGUCGUCGGAGAGGGGCGCGUCCCCCAGCAACAGCUGCCAGGACUCGACGGACACGGAGAGCAACCACGAGGAGCGGCACGCCCAGGCCUACCUGCCGCAGCAGGUGAUCGGGGCCCGCUUCCGGAACGGCCUGGCCGCCGCCAAGGAGAGCCCCAAGCAUUUCGAGCUGGUCAAGGGCGCGGCGGGGCCGGGCCGGGAGGCGCUGAAGGUGGUCGGCGGCGAGGGCGAGCCGGUCCGGGUGUACAGGUGCGACCACUGCCGUGUGAUCUACCUGGAUUAUGUCAUGUUCACCAUCCACAUGGGCUGCCACGGGUUCCGCGACCCCUUCGAGUGCAACGUGUGCGGCUACCGCAGCCAGGACAGAUACGAGUUCUCCUCGCACAUAGCCCGGGGGGAGCACGGCUUCUGCAGGAAGUGAG